UUUGGCUUGCCGCCUUGCGUUUACAAAAAUAUUUCAAUCAAUUAAACGAUUCGGUGAUAGAAUACUUCCAUCAGUAAAUAUAAUUAACGUAAUGGCCGAUUCAACCGUGAUGGAGGUUUCUAAAAUGAAGGUAGUUGAUUUGCGAAAAGAAUUGAAGACGCGCGGCCUCUCUUACACCGGCGAUAAAGCUGAGUUAGUGGCGAGACUCCAAGCAGCAAUGUCUCAAGACGAACACGGAGACAUCAACUUGGAUUCGGACGAAAUCGACUCAGAUGGGGUUUUGGAAGAUGAAGACGAAGAUAAAAGUCAAGCAGAUGCGCUAGAUGCUGUUGACCCGCUCACUGAAGAAAUGGCGCUCUCUGAACAGCCUCCACUGGUUAAGCCGCCAACAGAAAUUAAGCAAACCAGGACCCUUAAAAGGAGGAUAACAUCAACAGAUAUCUCUAAGGAUAAAACAGAUGAUUCUAAGACAGCAGAUAGCAAAGAGAUUGCAGCCAAGAAAAUUGUCUUAAACAGAGCAAUUAUUUCUGCUCCAUCAAAAACUUCUGAAGAAAAGGAAGAUGCAGCGCCAUCUGAAAAUAAUACGACAGCAAGUAAUAAAAUAAAAAUAACUGCAGAUUUAGAUACUAAAACAAGGUUAGAAAUGAGAGCAAAGCGCUUUGGAUUACCUGUUAAAGUAAGCGAAGGUGACAGGAAAGAAGCCAGAAAACAAAGAUUUGGCCAGGCUGCUGCAGCCAAAAGUUCAACAGCUAUAAGUACUGAUACAGGUACUUUAACUGAGAAUAUGGAAAAGCUGAAAAAGAGAGCGGAAAGAUUUGGACAAUCAGUAUCAAAAAUAAUGAGUGAUAUUGAAAACAAAGAGAGAUUGGAAAAGAGAAAAGCUAAGUUUGGGGCUAGUGCCUAAACUCACUCAUGUAAAUAUGUUGACAAAAUUGUUGGUAUCAAUGUACCAAGCCUUGGUACUAAUAUUUAAUUGCAUUAAGAAUAAUGUCAUAACAUGUUUUAAUACCUUUCUUCUCAGUAAAGGAUUUUACUAAAUUCAUAGAUUAUUACACUUGCAGAAUUGUUCACCUAUAAUAUAAUAAUAAGGUGAAUAGGCAUAGAAGUCACUAAUUAUUUAGUUGUUAAUCAGAUUGAAUUAGUAAAAUAAGAUACAUUUGACAUUAAUGUUUAGUUAUAAUUAUGUAUGUUAAGGGUACUGAAUUAAAGAUUUGACUACUA